AAAUUUUGUUUUUGAUCGAAAAAGUGCAUUAAUCCGGGGCCCGUACCUAAAAAAGAUCUGCAAAUUCGAUACAAACAUACCAUCAACUCGACGAUGUCUCGCCAAAGUACGCGCCUCGAUACGAAGAAAGUGUGAGAAGUAGUGAACCCCGUGGUCGCCAUUGGCGUUUCAUGUUCCGUAUCCGUCGGGUUGCGUCGCUUCGGAUUCCUCAGAGUAACGCGUCCAAUAAGUGUUUUUGCGUGUCUUUCUGUUGAUGUUUUUGUCUUCCUGCAUUCGAGAAAACUGUUGAAUUAUACGAAUUAGUGAUUAAAAGGUUUGAAACUGGUCGGACUGUUCAAGUACUGCAGUUUUAUUAGUGCAGUAUGCUCACAAUGAAUAACGCAGCUGCAGCCAAUACGCUCGGUGGCAUCACCUUCUCCGAUAUCAAUGGAGCCACUGGAGCAGCUGGACCGGGCACGGCUGGCCUCCAACUGGUACAGCUGAGUCAAGUUAUGCCAGACCCGAAUUCGCAGCAGUUAUUCAUGCAAAGCCUGCAACAGCAGCUAACUGGAGGAACGCCAGCAAUACAGGUCAUUCCGAUCGGAGCUCUCCCACAACAGACAGUCGCCUUAGCACAAGGUCCUCCAACUGGUGCCACGAUACAAGCCGCUCCACAGCAGCAACAGUUUGUACAGUACACAUUGGACGGACAGACACUGCUCUAUCAAACACUUGCUUCGCCGGACACCGCCUAUCAGAGCGUGAACUUACCCAUCGUGCAACUUCCGGCGACGCAAACGGUAGGUACCGCGGGUACGGUACCUACCUACGGAAACAUCUCCAACUUGCAAGGAGCUCCCGUCACAUUCACGCAGAUUCCCACGGCAACCGUCACCCAAGCCAUUCCGCAGCAUCCUCAGCAGCAUGUCCAGCAACAGCCACAACAUCUUCAAACGUCGGCCACUAUCGAUGCGAGCGCAUUUCAGAAUAUCGUCUCCGCACCGGUCACAAUUACACCUGGUGCUGCCGUCGUGCCGGUUUCGCAACCACAAAUCCCGAUGACCACACCCGUUACCACAGUCACGAUCGGUCAAACUCCCCAGGUUGCUGUAGGAGUUGCUCCGGGAGGUACCAACAGUAGCGAUAACAAACAUGCUUCAUCAACCAGUAACAACACACCAAUCGGGACUACGGAAAGCACACCCACCGUAAUAGGUACGGCGUCCGGUUCCGGAACGGAGAUGGAGCAGGAACCGCUGUACGUAAAUGCUAAGCAGUACAAGCGCAUUCUGAAACGACGACAGGCUCGUGCAAAACUAGAAGCGUUGGGCAAGAUACCGAAACAGCGACCAAAGUAUCUUCACGAAUCUAGGCACCGACAUGCGAUGAACCGGGUUCGAGGUGAAGGUGGUCGGUUCCAUUCGAAAUAAGGGUACCGAUCGUGCGGAGAGAUUUACACGGCCAUUAAAUAGAUUUCUACAAUAUUUUGACAUGAAUGAUAGAAUACUUUUAAGCGGAAGAACCUUACUACAACUGUUGUAAGUCUUGCCUACUGGCUGACUACUGUUGAGCUGAACCUGCUGACAAGCCGAGUGUUACCGAAAAUUCCGUAUGACCGGCUCUCAAGUAGCAGUAGAUGGCAGAGCCCAAAAAUAAAUUUUAAGUCGUACAAAGCACAUAUUCGG